AUGGGAAAUUUCAUCAGUUGGUUGGAGGAUAACCUCCCUGCCCCCGACACGAGCAACUCGGGCGGUGCCAGAGGAACGCAGCCUCAAUCCCUUUCGGGCAUGGUUUCGACUCUCGUUCCCGUGCUCAUAGUAUCGGGAGUCUACCUCGUCGUUUUCCUUGUCUUUCGUAAGUCCAAUAGGCGAUUCUAUGCGCCUAGGACGUAUCUGGGCUCCUUGCGUGAGCAUGAACGGAGUCCCGCGCUACCUAGUGGUUUAUUCAACUGGAUUGGAGCUUUUUGGAAGCUUCCCGAUGCCUACGCUCUUCAGCACCAGAGUCUCGAUGCAUACCUCUUCAUUCGAUUCCUUCGCAUUUGCUGCACCAUCUGCUUCGUGAGUCUUUGCCUCACGUGGCCUGUUCUCUUCCCAGUCAAUGCCACUGGUGGAAACGGAAAGAAGCAGCUUGAGAUUCUCUCAUACGCCAACGUCAACAUUGACGAUUCGACUCAGAGGAACAGGCUCUACGCCCACUGCUUCAUUGCCUGGCUCGUUUAUGGCUUUGUCAUCUACACCAUCAUGCGCGAGUGCAUCUUCUACAUCAGUGUGCGACAGGCUUUCCUUCUUACUCCCCAGUAUGCCAAGCGCAUCUCAUCCCGCACUGUUCUCUUCACUUCUGUCCCCAAGGAGUAUCUCGAUGAGGCCCGCAUUCGCACUCUCUUCAACGACUCAGUCAAGAAUGUUUGGAUCCCCGGUGACACCAAGGACCUUGACAAGAUCAUCGAGGAGCGCGACGAUGCCGCCAUGAAGCUGGAGAAGGGUGAGGUCAAGCUCCUCAAGCUAUGUAACAAGGAACGCAUCAAGUCCAUGAAGAAGUCGGGCACCGAAGCCGAGAAGACUGCCUCUGCCCCAUCUGACCCAGAGUCCGGAGACCUCGCUGCCCGCUUCAUCCCCCCUAAGAAGCGACCUACACACCGUACUGGCCCUCUGGGACUUAUCGGCAAGAAGGUUGACACUAUUGAAUGGGGCCGUGAGGAACUCAAGACCCUCAUCCCCAAGGCCGACAAUGCUCAGGCUGACUGGCUCGCUGGCAACUAUGAGAAGCACUCUGCUGUGUUCGUCGAGUUCUACACGCAAUCUGAUGCCCAGGCUGCUUUCCAGACUACCACCCACCACCACGCCCUCCACAUGGCUCCUCGUCACAUUGGUGUCAAGCCUGAUGAGAUUGUCUGGAAGAGCCUGAACUUCCCCUGGUGGCAGGUUAUCAUUCGCCGAUAUGUCGUCUACGCCAUCAUUGCUGUUCUCAUCAUCUUUUGGGCUGUUCCCGUUGCCAUUGUUGGUAUUAUUGCUCAGGUCGACACUAUCAAGACCCUUCCUGGUCUUACUUGGAUCCAGGAUAUUCCCUCGGUCAUUCUUGGUGUCGUCUCUGGUCUUCUGCCUUCCGUUGCUCUCUCCAUUCUCAUGUCAUUGGUUCCUGUUUUCAUGCGACUCUGUGCCAGGCAGGCUGGUUGUGUUUCUAUCUCUCAAGCCGAGCUCUUCACCCAGAACGCAUACUUCGUUUUCCAAGUUAUCCAGGUCUUCCUGGUUCAGACUUUGGCAAAUAGUUUCGUUUCGUCAAUCGCGACAAUUGUCAAGGAGCCUAGUCAGGUCUUCAGCAUGCUGUCAUCUUCCAUCCCUACCGCCUCCAACUUCUACAUCUCUUACUUCAUUGUUCAGGGUCUAACCAUCGCCGUCGGCGUCCUGACUCAAGUUGUUGGAUGCAUCAUUUUCAACCUUUUGUACAAGUUCCUGACCAGCACACCACGAUCCAUGUACAACAAGUGGACUACUCUCAGUGCUCUCACUUGGGGAAGUCUUAUGCCCGUCUACACCAACAUCGCAGUCAUUAGCAUCGUCUACGCUGUUAUUGCACCUGUCAUGCUCUUCUGGUCUACCAUCGGUAUGGGCUUGUUCUACCUUGCCUACCGCUACAACAUUCUGUUUGUUACCGAGACCAAGAUUGAUACUAGAGGCCUUAUCUACCCUCGCGCCCUCAAGCAGCUCUUCGUUGGUGUUUACCUUGCCGAGAUCUGCCUUGUCGGCAUGUUCAUUAUCUCCAAGGCUGCUGGCCCUGCUGUCUUGAUGGCUGCCUUCCUUGUCUUCACCAUCCUGUUCCACAUCUCCCUCGCCAAGGCUCUUAACCCCCUUCUCUACAGCCUGCCUCGCUCCCUUGAGGUUGAGGAGGAGCGAAUUCAGCGAAGCCUUCAAGGCUCAGAGUUGGAGGACGGACAUGUCCAGAAUGGAGAGGGUGCCGCUUCCAACGGUGCCUCCAACGGCGCUGGCAAGAGCAGCGGUGUUGGCAAGUUCGUGCCUGGCGGUACUGACAGUGUUCAAAAGAAGGGUAACUUCUUCUCCAAGUGGCUCAAGCCCUGGAUCUAUGCCGAUUACGCAACUAUGCGCCAGUUGGUGCCUCAUGAGCGUAACAUGGGACUCGAGUAUCCUGAGGAGGUCGAGCGUGACGCUUACUUCCCACCUUCAGUCACAAGCGAGACACCUAUCCUCUGGAUCCCUGCCGAUCCCGCUGGUAUUUCCAAGCAGGAGGUGCUCAACACGAGCAAGGUGAUUCCCAUCUCAGAUGAGGGUUGCACUCUCAACGACAAGAACCACAUCGAGUGGGACACCGAGGGAGCACGACCUCCUAUCUGGAGCGAGAAGAUUUACUACUAA